GGGGCCGAGUGGUGCCGAACUCGGCCGAGCGCUUCCGAGCGUGUUCCGCGGGCGGAAUCGAGGGCUUCCGAACCGCUUCCGAGGGUGCCCGAAGUGUCCCGAGUGUUUCGAGGCCUCGUCCGAAAGCUAUAGAUGGUUCCCGAGGAGCGGGGCCUGCGUUUCCUGCUGGCUGGCCAAUCCCAAGGCAGGACGCAGCCGAGCCCGGCCGAGUCCGUAGGCGCGCGGCCCGAAGCGAUACCUUACAGUUCGGGUGGGGAACCCGAGCGCGCCCGAACAGGGCCGAGUCCCCGAGCGGUCCGGCCCAGAGGGUCGAAGAAUCCCGAGCUCGUGCCGGUCUUUUCCGAUCUUGCCCGAAGGCGGGUGAGGCGGGCGCGAGCAAAGCCGAGCUGUGCCGAGUCCUCUCCGAUUGCGCCCGAAUACCCCUUCGCCGGCCCGAACGGAGACGCCCGAACGGGCAGUGCCCGAAUCCGCCCGAACGCGACCGAACCGGGCCGAGCGCUCCGAUCGCACCCGAAGGCAAGAGGGGCGGGAACAGAGCAGCCAGCUCCGCCCACGCGCGCGGACAAACGGUCGCAGCGCGGAGCCUGCCGGGACGCUGGAGGACCGGGAGGGGGGGCGGCGGGCCAGGAUGCCCGCUGGGAGGCAAGGAGCAGCUCUCAGAUGUCAGCUGUUCCUCUACAGUUUCUGUUUCAUGUAAAUGCCUUUUAUUUAAUCUUUUACUUGCUGGCAACUCUCGCAGUGUUGCUUUAUAAAAGUCAAGCUUUCAGCUACCCAGACGAUUUUCUGUCUGUUGAUCUCACCCUGCUUGUCAUUAUGGCCAUUGCUGAAGCGCUGCGGUUGUACCUGGGUGUAAGGGGGAACCUGACAGAAGAAGACAGUUUGCUGGGGCUCAGUCUUGUGAUGACAGUGGCCAGUGUGUUUCUGGCUGUGUAUUUCCUGGUGUGGCAAACCUAUGUGCUGAAAACAGAUGUCAUCCUCAACAGUGUUCUGCUCUUCUUCUACGGGAUGGAGGCCAUUCUCAAGAUCUCGGUCAUCGCUGCUUUUAACAGAUAAACCUACAGGUCUUCAAUGUGUUAACACAUUCCUAAAAGGUUGGGGUUAUAGUUCAUAUAUUUAAUACUUUUAUAUAUAAAAAUCCUGUAAAACUUUCCUCUGUUUAAAGUACAUGUUUUUGAGGGGCAGACCUGAGUGACAGGUAAAACAUCCAGUCCAGCAGCUGUGUUACGCUCUCUGAACUGUCAGCUUAUGGGCAAAGGCAAGAGGUGAUUCAGCAAGACCUCUUAAUGCUCUGGUAUUCCUCAGGCAUCCACACUCACUAUUCAUUGCCAACACACAACAGCAGCCAGGGCAUCAGCUGAGCACUGCUGAGAUGCUGGGAUCACAGCAUGGGCACCCAGAGUGACACAGAAAUGAAUCAGGGCGACACAGCACGGGCUCAUUUCUACCCUACCACCACGUUCGUGUUUGAGGGCACGGUUUCUCUGCUGCUCUCAUUUGUGUUUUCAGACCCCAGUGGUAA